UCCUGCCGCUAAAAAAAAGACCGUGCCGUUCGAAGCAGCGAAGCCACGUCCGCACCGGAGAAAAGGGGGAAGCCAUGGCGGCCACGAGCUCCACCACCACCUCCACGGCGCUCUUCUCGCUGGCCUUCCCCUCCGCCACCACCUCCCGCGUCUCCACCCGAGUCCACCACCACCGCAAGGCUAGCUUCAGGGCGUCCCCCGUCAGGUGCUCCAACGCCGCCUCGCCGAACGUGUCCCCCGCGGAGGCGGCGCCGGCGCCGGCGCCGAAGCCCCAAAUCGACCUCGAGUUCGUCGGACCGAAGGCGGAUGCCGAUGGGUUGUUCCCGGUGGACCGGGCGGCGGCGCUCAGCGGCGAGAAGCUGCUCCGGGACGUCAUGCUCGAGAACAAGAUCGAGCUCUACGCGCCAUAUGGGAAGGUGAUGAACUGCGGCGGCGGCGGAAGCUGCGGCACUUGCAUCGUCGAGAUAGUUGGUGGUAAGGAGCUCUUGAAUGAAAGAACUAACACUGAGAAUCGGUACCUGAAGAAGAAACCGGAGUCAUGGAGGCUUGCUUGUCAGACUAUUGUUGGAAACAAAGAAAAUUCCGGCAAGGUUGUCGUCCAACGGCUGCCCCAAUGGAAAAAAUGAUUGUACUGCACACGUGAUGUACUAACUGCAUGUGAUCAGCGAUCAAGUUGUACUACCUGCUAUGCACUGUUGAACACGUAAGCACGCAAUGAUUUUGCUCUUGGAAUUUACUGGCCAUAUGUAAAAUUAUACCAGGUCAUGGAAAUUUACACUUCGGUAGA